AUGUGCUCCUGACUAGGGCUACCAUUCAAGUGGAGGUUUGAGCAUCUAUCACGUGCUAUUCAAUUUUUUUUUCACUCUCAAUAAAGGAGGUUGCCAAAUGAGACUUGUUUCGACCUUCUCUUGCAUUCGAAUUGUUCUCGCAAACGAGUUAAACCGCACUUUUCGAUACAGAAGGUGCGCAAAUAUCAUAUCGCCUAUGAAAUAUCAAUCUAUCCAUCUAUCUAUCCAUCCAUCCGUUCAACCAUAUAGUGCAUGGACAUGGGGAUCCGCAUUCUCUUUAGGAGCAUUUUAUUAUUAUUUUUUCUAUUUUGUGGAUUAUACAACUAUACUCAUCAAGAGUGCAAAAGAACAUUGUGAUUCUGAUUAAACAUUCAUCCUACACAAGACGCCGACGAUUCAAAAAAAAGAGAAAAAAAAAAAACUUUUACUUUCCUGAACGACAACCCUUAGCAGAUUAGAACAGGAAUGGGAGAUGUUUCAAGCUCAGUUGAUCCUAACACAUUAUUACUAUUUAUUUCUCUAAUAUGGUCAACA